GUCGUGACGUCACGCGCGCAUGCGCACUCCCGCUGUCGCUGAGGUGGAGCCGCGGUCGCUGCGAUGAUCCGCCGGUUGUUCAAGAGUGGAAAUGUUUGUCGCAGACUCCAGGGCCUUUCAGCAGUCCAGAUGCGGACGUAUGCUGAUGCUACACCAGUUGAUGCAGAUGUCACUGUUCUGGGCUCAGGCCCAGGAGGUUAUGUCGCUGCUAUUAAGGCUGCACAGUUGGGGUUUAAGACUGUCUGUGUGGAAAAGAAUGAAACACUGGGUGGAACAUGUUUGAACGUGGGUUGUAUCCCAUCCAAAGCUUUGCUGAACAACUCCUAUCUCUAUCACCUGGCUCACGGGAAAGACUUUGCUAGCAGAGGAAUUGAAAUCACAGGAAUGAAUCUUAAUCUGGAGAAAAUGAUGGAACAGAAGAGCAACGCAGUGAAGUCAUUGACCAGUGGGAUUGCCCAUUUAUUUAAGCAAAAUAAGGUAACACAUGUCCAAGGCUAUGGUAAGAUCACAGGGAAAAACCAAGUCACAGCUCUCUGCAGUGAUGGCAGCAUACAGAUCAUCAACUCCAAGAACAUAAUCAUCGCCACAGGGUCGGAAGUUACUCCUUUCCCUGGGAUUCAGAUUGAUGAAGAGACCAUUGUGUCUUCGACAGGAGCCUUAUCUUUGAAGCAGGUUCCUGAGAAGCUGGUAGUUAUUGGUGCUGGUGUCAUUGGCGUUGAACUGGGCUCUGUGUGGCAACGGCUUGGCUCGGAAGUGACAGCUAUCGAAUUCCUUGGACACGUUGGGGGAAUUGGGAUCGACAUGGAAAUUUCAAAAAACUUUCAGCGCAUUCUUCAGAAGCAGGGUUUAAAGUUCAAGCUUAACACAAAAGUUACAGCAGCGACAAAAAGAGCUGAUGGAAAGAUUGAUGUGAGUUUUGAGGCUGCAGCCGGUGGAAAAGCAGAUGUGCUCACUUGUGACGUUUUGCUGGUCAGCAUUGGACGCCGUCCCUUCACAGAAAAUCUGGGAUUGCAGGAGAUGGGGAUUGAACUUGAUAAGAAAGGUCGGAUCCAGGUCAACAACCGAUUUCAAACAAAAAUUCCAAACAUUUUUGCCAUUGGAGAUGUGAUUCCUGGCCCCAUGUUGGCCCAUAAGGCUGAAGAUGAAGGGAUCAUCUGUGCGGAGGGCAUGGCUGGAGGAGCUGUUCACAUUGACUAUAACUGUGUCCCUUCUGUCGUUUACACUCACCCGGAAGUCGCUUGGGUCGGAAAAUCUGAAGAGCAGCUGAAGGAGGAGGGGAUUCCAUACAAAAUUGGGAAAUUUCCUUUUGCUGCUAACAGCAGAGCAAAGACCAACAAUGACACUGAUGGUCUGGUGAAGAUUCUAAGCCAUAAGGAAACCGACAGGAUGUUAGGAGCACACAUCCUUGGGCCUGGUGCUGGGGAAAUGAUCAAUGAAGCAGCCUUGGCUAUGGAGUAUGGAGCAUCGUGUGAAGAUGUCGCACGAGUUUGUCAUGCCCAUCCGACCGUCUCAGAAGCUUUCAGGGAAGCAAACUUGGCAGCGUCGUUUGGCAAAGCCAUUAACUUCUGAACAGCUCCGUGACUUGUAUAUAGACUAAUGUGGUUGGACUGUCAUGAGAAUUGACAAUAUGAUAAAGAACGGAGUUAACUGUUGUCUGGAGAAUUUUACAGAUCUGUUGAAAGCUGAAUUGUAAUAAAUUUUGUUGCUCGUAUUUUAACAGAAAUAAAACUGAGGGAAUGAUG